AUGGAGGUGCUCAAAUCUCAAUCUAAAUUGGUUGUAGAGAAUGUGCUGGGGAUGAAGGGCGGCAAUAAGGAUUCUAGUUAUACUGUUAAUUCUCUCGCAGUUCAGAUAAAGAUGGUUCGGGCUGUGAAACCAAUUCUGGAGCGUAGUAUUAAUGAGGAGAUGAGAUUGAAGCUCAGUGAAGGAGGCAUAUUUAAGAUAGCAGAUUUCGGGUGUGCCACCGGAUGGAAUACUCUUCUUGUAGCAGACACCAUUGUCAGAGCUGUGCAACGCACAUUUGGAGAAGGAGAGGAACCAGAAUUUGAAGUUUAUUUUGUUGAUCUUCCCUCCAAUGAUUUCAAUUCACUGCUUCGAAUGAUGCCUCCAACCCCACAAACCUGUGCCGAUGCAGAAAAUGAUGGUGAUGACAAUCCAGUGGCUACAAGAUCUUAUUUUGCAGCGGCUGUGCCAGAGAGUGUUCAACAGACAAACUCUCCUCAUGUGUACGUUUCAAGUGAUUGUGAGGAGGCAGUGGGAGUUGCGUAUCUGCAGCAAUUUGACACAGACUUCACAUCGUUUUUAAAUGCUCGGGCAGAAGAGACAGUUGAUGGGGGUUGCGUGUUUAUAUCUCUGGUGGGUCGUAAUGGAGGGACACACAUAAUGGAGGAGCGAGGAGCACUAGGAGAUAUCAAUUGUCACUUUGAAUGUGCAUUCCAGGAGCUCGUGAAUGAGGGUUUUAUUGAGAAAGAGAAGUGGGAAUCCUUCAAUCUACCCUGCUUUGGUCCAAAUCCGGAAGAUAUGAUAAAUUAG